AGCCACGGGGUCCGGAGAUCGCCACUCGCCAGCCAACCGGAGGGGUAUUUUGGGUACUUGCGCCCUCCGCCAGCCAACCGGAGGGGUAUUUUGGGUACCUGACCUUGUGCCCUAGAUCGGACGGUCAGGGAACAGAUAAAACCCCAAGCACUCCCACCUCAUCAGACCUAAAGCCGUGAGGAAAAUCCUAGCUCCAUCUCCUCCCUCGCACGCCGCAGCUCUUUUCUCUCCCAAAAUGCCGUUCAAGCGUUACGUGGAGAUCGGGAGGGUCGCGCUUGUCAACUAUGGGAAGGACUAUGGCAGGCUUGUCGUCAUCGUCGAUGUUAUCGAUCAGAAUCGAGCUCUGGUUGAUGCCCCUGACAUGGUGCGAGGACAAAUGAAUUUCAAGAGGCUUUCCUUGACUGAUAUAAAGAUUGACAUUCCAAGACUUCCUAAAAAGAAGUCCCUAAUUGCUGCCAUGGAAGCUGCUGACGUGAAGAACAAAUGGGAGAACAGCUCAUGGGGAAGGAAGCUCAUCGUGCAGAAGAGGAGAGCUUCACUAAAUGACUUUGACAGGUUCAAGGUCAUGCUGGCAAGGAUCAAGAUCGUACAUAGGAUCACAAUGAAUGAGUGUUGGAUGAGAUUAUAACGGAAGGCGGGCUUGGAAUAGCAUAGCAAUUGCUGUGCGUUAUUUGAAAGAGAUUCUCCCUUUUUCUUCUUCUUUCUCUCCUUUCUCUUUCUUCUUCUUUUCUUUUUUUUGAAAAAUUCUUUAUGCACCGCGGGAGGUGCAGAACGCAUGCACCGCCCGUGCAGGCAUUGGGCCAAGGCAUGGUGUGCGAAAAAAUUUUUUUUCCUUCUGACCUGCAUGAGCUAAUAAUCACAGAUGGUGUAUGUGGUUUUACAGCACCCACGGUGUGCAAAGAAUCUCUUCUUUUUUUUUUUUUUUUUCUUUUCUUUCUUUUUGGUUGAAUUUCAAAUGAGAGUAUUACCUCGGAGGAUUUUGCGAUUUUGCGAGUAUACAUGCACGCACGCACUUGUGUGUGUAUAUAAGAAUAGAUUUGUGAACUUUUAAAUCAUGUAUUUUAUUAUUUGAACUCGGUUCAAAAAAUUAUUCAAAUUACUCAACUUUGAUGAUAA